GUCAUGACGUCACACGCCGCGUUGGCUCGCAACAAGCGGUGAAAAAGUUUUCUGACCCCCCUCUGUAUGUUUUUGUUGGGGGGAAAAGUUGCUGGAAGUUCGGUCGUUUGAAUGUAGCGUGUCCGCAGAGGUUCGGCCCCUCGUCUACGGAGGCAAAGCGACUCGUUCAGAGGCGGACAACGACGUUUUUAAAUCUUCGGCUCGGGCUAAAUCAAGAAAAGACAAAAAAAAAAAAAUCUCGGUCUGUAGCUGCUUCAUCCAUGUUUAGCUGCUAGCUCCGCCGCUCGCUAAAAAAAAAAAAAAAAAAAAAGCCAACAAAGUUUAUCGCUUCCUUCAUCGUCUCUGGGAAACUUCCAGGCUCGUGGGGUGAAUUAAAUCCGAGCAGAAAUGGCGGAAACCAAAAUAAUUUAUCACAUCGACGAAGAGGAGACGCCGUACUUGGUGAAGAUCCCCAUAGCUGCGGAAAAUAUAACGCUGCUGGAUUUUAAACAGGUUCUGAACAAGCCCAACUACAAGUUCUUCUUCAAGUCUAUGGACCAGGACUUUGGGGUGGUGAAGGAGGAAAUUUCUGACGACGGUGCCAAGUUGCCUUGUUUUAACGGCAGAGUGGUGUCAUGGCUGGUAUCCUCAGAGACUCCAGCUGCAGAGCCUCCAGUUGCAGUGGUCCCCCCUGUGGAAACCACCACCCAGCCUUCACCACCUCCACCACCCCUGCCACCCCCUCCUGCAGAGAGAACCGGGGGCAUCGGGGACUCCAGGCCACCCUCCUUCCACCCCAAUGCAGCGGGCAGCGUGGAGACUCUGGACGAUCAGACCGAAACCGAGUCCGUAGUUUCCUUCAGGAGGGAGAGGCCUCGGCACAGAGAGAACACGGAUCCGCACGGGCCUCGCGUGAACGGUCAGAGCCGUCUGGAGCGCCACCUGGCGGGAUACGAGAGCUCCAGUACAGUGAUGAGCAGCGAGCUGGAAACCACCAGUUUCUGUGACUCUGACGACGACGACACCAUGAGCAGGUUCAGCAGCGCGACGGAGCAGAGCACCGCAUCUAGGCUUCUUAAACGCCACCGUCGACGGAGGAAACAGCGCCCGCCUCGUCUGGAGAGAGCUUCGUCCUUCAGCAGCGUGACGGACUCCACCAUGUCUCUGAACAUCAUCACUAUCACCCUCAACAUGGAGAAGUACAACUUCUUGGGCAUCAGCAUUGUGGGUCAGAGCAACGAAAGGGGGGACGGAGGCAUCUACAUCGGCUCCAUCAUGAAGGGAGGGGCUGUGGCUGCAGACGGACGCAUCGAACCCGGCGACAUGCUGCUGCAGGUGAACGAAAUCAACUUCGAGAACAUGAGCAACGACGACGCGGUUCGUGUUCUCAGAGAGAUCGUGCACAAGCCAGGACCCAUCAUCCUGACGGUGGCUAAAUGCUGGGAUCCUUCUCCUCAGGGCUACUUCACGCUGCCUUGCAAUGAACCGAUCCGGCCCAUCGACCCCGCUGCGUGGGUCAGUCACUCUGUGGCGAUGACGGGGGCUUACCCCCCCUACCCAGGCAGCUCCUCACUCAGCACCAUCACCUCCUCCUCCUCCAUCACAGAGACUGAACGUUUCGACGACUUUAAUUUAUCUUUACACUCCGACAUGGCCUCAGUAGCCAAGGCCAUGGCUUCACCAGAGUCAGGUCUGGAGGUCAGGGAUCGCAUGUGGCUCAAAAUCACCAUCCCCAACGCUUUCCUCGGCUCGGAUGUUGUCGAGUGGCUGUUCCACCACAUCGAGGGCUUCCAGGACCGCCGAGAGGCCAGGAAGUACGCCAGCAACCUUUUGAAGGCCGGCUUCAUUCGGCACACCGUCAACAAGAUCACCUUCUCCGAACAGUGCUACUACGUGUUUGGAGAUCUGAGCGACUGUGAGAACUACAUGGCCAAUCUGUCUCUGAAUGACAACGACGGCUCCAGCGGGGCCUCGGACCAGGACACCUUGGCCCCCCUCCCGCUCCCCGGCACCUCCCCCUGGCCCAUGAUGCACACCUUCCCCUAUCAGCCGUACCCCACCCAUCCUUACUCCAGCCAGCCUCCUCCGUACCACGAGCUCACCAGCUACAGCUUCGCCCCGGGCAGCACGGGCAGCCAGCACAGUGAAGGGAGUCGAAGCAGCGGAUCGACGAGAAGCGAAGGCGAGCGACGUCGCAGCAACAAAGGCCCCGGCAGCACCGUGGGUGGAGGAGAGAAGUCCCCCUCAGGUGGGGGAGACGGCGGCGGGGCGGACUCCCGCUCCGGCAGCGGAAGUGAAUCGGAGUACUCCACCCGCAGCAGCCUGAGGCGGGGCCACGGUUCGUCCGCCCCCAGCGAGCACAGCCACGCCUCCUCUCAGCGCUCACACCACCACCGCAUGCCACAGCCCCCCCACAUGUCCCCUUACCCACCGGGCAUCCUGCCAUACAACCCCAUGAUGGUGAUGAUGGUGCCCCAGCACCCGCAUCCAGCCAUGGCGACCACCCACGCCCUCCAGCAGCUACCGGCAGUACCAAUGCACCAGACCCUGCCGCCACCUCCUUCCUCCACUCCGGGGGGGCCUCCCGGUGCCCCACCCACUCGUGACCUAGGCUCAGUCCCCCCAGAGCUGACUGCAUCCCGCCAGUCGUUCCACCUGGCCAUGGGCAACCCCAGCGAGUUCUUCGUGGACGUCAUGUAGUUUCACUUCCUGUUCGUUCUGACAAGGACAAGCUCUCUGGUGUUUAUCGGAUUCAGGGCACGCAAUACAAAUUAGGUAAAAACAGGGUUUAAAAUAUCAAAACUAAAUAAAAAAAAUUAAAUAGACAACUUAAAUCAAAUGAAAUCUGACAAAAAGUGUUUAAAGGUAGUCUAUCUAGUUCA